UUUGACAGCGAACGGACACGGUUUUUUGAGAGUAGGUGUGAAUUGUAAAAUAUCGCUGUGAGUGUGUGUAUGCUUGUAAAAAAGUUACAGCAACAAGAAAUUGGUGUAAAUGAAAACAUUCUAAGAGAAUAACGAAAAUUCAUUACAAUUGCCUAUGCAGUUUCGCACGUGUUUUCGCAAUAGAGAAAAAUAGUUGGCAAAAAGUAUAAAAUUGAUUUCUUAUUUUUGGGUAAUACAGUGCCAAUAAGCGCGGCCAUUUUUUCUUUGCGUAGUUUUUUGUGUGCAGUACUUGUAUGUGUGUGCGUACUUUUCGUAAUUCAUGCGACGGUGUGCCGAAAACAAAGGAUGAAUGUAGAAGAAAAUUAAAGAAAAAAAUUGUGUUGAAGGAGGAGCGGUAAAAAAUAACAACAAUAAGUAGUGUCGGUUGUGUUUUCAUUUGCACUGUGACUUGUGUUGGUACGUACAUACAUACAUAUGUGCGCACUGACCGUAGUUGUUGAAUGCUGUGAAAGUGAAGAAGAGUAGGUAUAGAAAUUGUUAUAAACAACAGCACCCACAUCAGUGCUUAUUCGUAAACAUUGUACAAAAACUAUGAAAAAAUUGCAAAUACUAAACAAAAUAAAUAAUGCAAUAACAGCUACAUUGGAAAAUUGAUAAUUAUCACUUCGGUAGCGCGAAAAUAUUUUAAAACGUAGAAAACAAAGUCGCGAAAAACUCACUACUUAGUUGCGGCUUUAAAAAAGUAAAUAAUACUGAUGCCAUUGUGUCAAAUCGUUCGAAUAAUUAAAAAACGAUAAAAGUUCUCAUAAUUGCAAUUGUGCAUCAAACAUUAAUUAUACUUGGUGAACGAACAAUUGAUGUAAAUAUAAAAGUUCGCGCCAACCCUUGGUCUGAGACAAUUGAGCUGCUGCUGCUAUUAUUAAAAUAUAAAUUGCGCUGACAUCGGCGGUUACCGAAUUGACGAAAUUAAUUGGCUGGCGCCAUCAAUCGAUCAAAAAAUACGCGAAACGAAAUUUGCUGCAGUUUUUUACCAACCACUCUUCGCAUAACACUCCUACCACAUAACGGCUUCAACUGACGGCUGCGUAACGCACACAUUAUACUAUUACAACAAUACUGCAGCGGUGUGACACACAACGCCGCGUUCAAAGAAAUGGCCGAAUUACCCGCUCCCCCAAGUGAUUAUCUCCACCGUUCGAUCGAUCAGCUGCGUUCGAUGAACGAACGCAAUGUCCUCUCCUCACUAAGCCAUCAUCUGACGCCGGUGGAAUUGCGCAAUGCCGCACAGUUGGCGGCACACGAUUACAAACCAUUUAAUAUCAAUGAAUUUCGUCAGAAUGUUGAGCGUUUAGAUUAUUCGUUGAAGAAUGGCCUUAUACACCAACAACAGCAGUUGCUCGCUGAUCAUCAGCAGCAGCAGCAACAACUCCAACAACAGCAAGCGCAUGAACAACAACAGCAGCAACAUCAUCAGCAACAGCAACAACAACAGGCGGCUCAUCAACAGCAGCAGCAGCAGCAACAACAACAACAGCACCAACAGCUGCAGCUUAAACAAUCGUAUAGUCCGCCAAAUUCACCGGCCACACCCACCAUGACCGAACAACCCGAGCAGAAGUAUGAUCCACAUGCUGCUGCUGUCGAACAACAACAACAACAACAACAGCAGCAACACACCGUCAAUCAGAAGCAACAACGUAACCAACAAGGCUCCCCUGAAGGCCGUGACGCCAAGCCCUACAAAUGCACGCAAUGCACAAAAACCUUCGCUAAUUCCUCCUACCUCUCACAACACACCCGCAUCCAUCUGGGCAUCAAGCCAUAUCGUUGUGAGAUCUGCCAACGCAAAUUCACACAGCUGUCGCACCUGCAACAACACAUUCGCACACAUACCGGGGAUAAACCAUACAAGUGCCGCCAUGCCGGCUGCCCCAAAGCCUUCUCGCAACUCUCCAAUCUGCAAUCGCACUCUCGUUGCCAUCAAACGGACAAACCAUUUAAAUGCAACUCCUGCUACAAAUGCUUCACCGACGAAUUAACGCUGCUCGAGCACAUACCCAAACACAAAGACUCGAAGCACUUGAAGACGCACAUCUGCAACCUGUGUGGCAAGUCGUACACACAGGAAACCUACCUGCAGAAGCAUUUGCAAAAACACGCCGAAAAGGCGGAGAAGCAACAGCAACGACAGGCCAGCGCAACAAGUAAUGCGCAACACCAUGUGCCUGCCGGCGGUAUCGGCCUCAAUUUGCAGCGACAGGUGGUGAUGAAUGCUGCCGCAGCGGCCGCAACUAGUGAUCCCAAUUCGUAUUGGGCGAAAAUGGGUGCUGAUAGUGGCGUGAAUGCUGCGACACUCGCUGAAGCUAUACAACAGCAACAGCAGCAAGCUGCCGCCGCAGCAGCAGCAGCCGCAGCGGCUGCGCAACAGCAGCAACAACAUGCUCAGAAUGGCUACAACUUUGCGACGCUGCAACAGCACCAACAACAGCAGCAGCAGGAGCUACUGCAACACCAUCAGCGGCUGGUGAAUGGUGGAGCGGGCAGUGGUGGCGAUAGCGCUGGCAGCGGCAACACGCCGAAUCACUCACACUCGCCCAACGAUGAGGGUGAGGACUUGGUGAUGCGUCAAACUCCCCAACAUCAUCUGCAUCAGCAGCAGCAACAACAGCAACAACAACAACAUCAGCAUCAACAGUCACACUCACCCAAUCCACUUCUAAUGGGCAAUGCAGCAGCUGCAGCAGCGGCGGCGGCGGCGGCCGCAGCCAACUACGACGUGAAAACAACCAGCGCCUUCACGCCCAUCAACACGGCGCCACCACAUUUGAAUGCGCUGUCUGCACAACAACGUCCACCCGCUGCAGCGUACCUGUACCAGCAGAAUGCCGCCGCAGCCGCCGCUUUCCCAACACAACUUAUCUCAUUGCACCAGAUACGCAACUAUGCACAUCAGCCCAGCGCAGCGGCGGCAGCGGGGCUAUUGGCCAGCGAUCACCUGCUCGGUUUGACCGGUGUAACCGCGGGCGGUGCCGGCAAGGAUAAGGGUCAAUAGUACGCCGCACUGCACAGCAGUGAUGGCAACAGUAACGGCAGGUAUGGUAAUAAGUUCAAAAAGUCGAAGAAACGGGUACACGAGCGUGCACGUGAUCGCAGUUGAUUUUACUGAGGCGCUUAGGCGCAAGGGCAGAGAGUUAGUUGCCUAUCGGCAGGAGGGCGCGCAACGACCCUAUGCAUGUUUGAUAAAGCGAGCUCCCAGUGCGCACACAUGGGAUGACAGUACUACAACUGCAAUAACAACAUCAAAUACACAACAACAAACAACACUAAAAACUCAGGUUUUAAUGAUAAUUUCAGCAAAGCGGUAAAACGGAGAUCGAAAAUUACACAAAAUUUCGAAGAAAUUAAACAUUAGUUAGAAUCAAUUGGAGUAAAACAACAUGUAUAUUUACUAGUGUCUUAGCUCUGCGAAUUUUUCAACGCUACUUCCUCUCAACUUUACAUUAUGCAGUGAAAUUUCCCAUAACGGACAGACUUCUUCAUAGUCGGAUAUCUCCCAUAACUGGACAAAUUUGAUGAACACAACGUUUUCAUUAAUAUUUUCAUACAAAACCAGUUCCUAUAACUGGACAUGAGUACGUUCCAAUGACAGGACACGGACACAGUUUUGGUAAUAUUUCGUUAAAAUUAUCUCUGACAAACGGACAAGAUUUUAUAAAAUUUGUCAAAAAUAUUGUGUACAAUUCACGGUUUUUAAAAUUCUUAUUAAUUUUUUUUGGUGUUUUGAGACAGUUUUUUUAAAGAACAAAAUGUAAAAUAAUCACAGCAAACAAAUUGUCUUGCACUGGUGUAAUCUGGUUCGCACUGGCGCAACGGAAACUAAUAAGAUUAUUUUCAUUCAUUCACAGCUGACUGACAUUGGCUCGCAUUUAUUUGUUAAAUAGAAAUAUAGUUCUGAGUUGCAGCUUCUGACUCUAAGAAUACAUUUUAAGCACACGUUUUUGUCCAUGCCCUCUUAUAUGGACAGCUCACUUAGCCGGACAAAAGCACUGCGACCGUGGGUGUCCGGUUAUAGGAAAUUUCACUGUAUAUGGUUGCUUACAAGUGCAAAUAUGCAUUUGUGUAUGUCUGUAUAAAUGCAAUUGGAUGCCUAAACCUUUUGCACGUUUCUAUGGCAGGUGCUUCUCAUACUCACUUUAUACCUGUAAAUUCACUCGUUUUAUACCAACAUGUUGCUUCUUCUAUUUUUCCUCUCAUUUAUACUACGCCUGCGCGCCUUGACAGUAUACAAAUUCUACAAAUUGUAGUUCAUAAUUAUAGUAAUUAAAAGUAGUUAUCGAUUAGUUACCCGUCUAGCAAUUAGGUAAUCGUAUUAUAGCAAAAGUAGUUUGAUAAGCCGAAUUUACUUUAUUCAGUAAGAAACAGCUAAGGUUAAGAAUUGUGUAAUUACAGACAAAAGUAUAUCAUUGUAUGUAGUUUAUAUACAUUUGUAUGUGUAUGUACAUAUAUUUGAUUUUAGUUUUUUUACCACAAAUAUUUUUUAUGCGGUGUCCAUUUUAAACUUCUUAAAGUUUUGUUAAACAAAAUAAUAUAUUUUAAUUCCUUUGUAAAAAUGCUAAAACUUUUUUAAUUUUAUGUAUGCAUAUGCAUUAAGUAUUGAAUAAGCUUCUGUAGUCAAUUAAGUGAUUGCAUCCUUUGUAGCAACGAAUUUAUGAAUCUCAAUAAAAUUUCACACCCUUUCAUAUAAUAUAUAUCUAUGUAUAUUUUUUGGAUUUUCUAUUAAACUAUAUAGAUUAUUUACAAAGGAACUGUAGGUCUGGUCUAUGCAUGGAGAGACAACCUAUUUUGAUUAUUCUCUUCGUUGUUUACAUUAACACUAAAAUUUUAGAUAUCAAGAAAAUAAAGUUAUUAAACGCAUUAAACAAAAAUCAUUUUAUUUUUACCAAGCACUUGCGUCAGAGUGGCAAGACGAUUUAAAAAUAAAUACAAAUUUUUGGUUGCUGCAAAUUUAAUUAUUUCGAACUGCAUGUAAAUAUGUAUGCUGAGGAAUGAUGACAGGCAUAUUGUGUCAAAACGACUACGUUGAAAGUUUCUUUAUAGAUUUGUUUCAUAACUGCUAGUGGCUAUCAGGAAGAACAAGAAUGCGAGUUACACUCACAAACAGCGAUUUAACGAAAAAGUAGAGAAACGAAAAAGUUGCAAAAGUUAGCAAUACAAUUCAAAAAACAGAAAAAUUUUCAAUAGACUUAUUAUUUUCAUAAACUAAAACUUAUAAAAUAAACAAAAUCAGAGCAAAAGCGUCAAACAUCGCUUGAUUACAUACAUAUGUAUAUUUGUAUAUGUGUUUUAUCAGCUGUUUAUUCAUAUUGCAGUAGCAAUUUUCUGCUGGCAGAAACCAGCUGCUCUCUUACGCUCUCAACUUGCGCUCUCUUCUGCUAGUUUUUUUGGGUUAAGGGGUAUUCUGGUCUAGAAGCAUGAAUUUCAGGUAAUUUUUAAAGUGUCGUAAAAAAAAGACAAUUAAUAUUUUUACUAUCCAUUUUUUUUUACUAGUUAUUUGUUAAUUUUUGAAGAGUACAGAAAAAAAUUAAAACUAAAAAAAGUAAAAAAUUUCAAAAAUUAUGAGCUGACGAAAUGGGGGGUCUCUAAAAAUUUCCACGUGACCAUACCCAUGAUUUCAACCCUCCUAGUUAUCUGAAACCAAAAAAAAAAGAUUAUUAAUCUAGAAUAAUGUCGUAAUGGCCGGAACUACGGAAAAGUGGGAAACACAUUUUUUCACAAAAUGGCGACUGCCUGAAAAAAAAAGUUUUUUUGGAUCACUUUUUCUGACUAUUUCGAUUUUUUUAAAAAUAAUAAAAAUAAAAAUUUGGGGAUGUGGCUAGUUCCAACCAUAAAGAAAAUUAUAAAAAUUUCAAGUAAAUCGGUCCAGUAGAACCUGAGAAAUCGUGGGUAUCGUUCCGAAAAAGUCAGUUUUGAGAAAAACGCGUUUAAAGUUUCGCGUAAAGUCUUUUGUUCGAUUAGUUCCGGCCGAACCAAUUUGGAUGCCGGGUCAGAAAAAUGCCUAUAUCUCCGAAAAUAAUUUGAAUUUUGAAAAAUCCUCUUGUACACAUAUUCUUGAAUAGUUAAGCUUUGAAAAUAUAAAAAAAAAUUUAGAUUUUUUUAAAUUUCUAGGCCAGAAUACCCCCUUAAGAAACACUAGCUAGGGAUAGUUAGGAGUUAUGAAACAAACGUUUCAACGUUUUCCAAUUAUUGGGGAAAUUUUUUGGUAUGUAUUUUCAAACAUUUGUUUUAUGUAUUAAAAUUUGUGUUUGAAUAUACAUAAAAGAAACUUUAAAGCCGAACUUUUCUAGGUUUUCUAUAUUUUGAUAAAAUUAUGCAUGGGGUAAGCAAAUACAUGAAGAUUUUGAGAUCCCUUGCUAUUGAAGAUGAUAACUUUCUCUUUGAGAACAAGCACACAAAUGCAAAUAUCUCCAGCAAAAGCUCUUAAUUUCAUCUACAAUGCGGAGUAUUUUCCAUAUUGAACAACUUGCUUGAUACCCAUAACUAGACAGGGCUUAUUUUCAUAUAACGAACACCCAUAUUUCUUAAAUUAUAAUUCCAAAUUUACCUUGUGUUUCAACAACUACGUGUUAAUGUGAUACAUAAGUUUUGGCACAAUGUGCCUACGCAUAUAGGCACUGUUCUCAUUUAAGGGGUUACACGGGUUUCCUCGCACAAAAAACGGCAUAUUUCCGAUAUCUUUUUUCAUAUAAAAAAUUAAAUGCUUCAUUUAAACUUUUUAUUAUUCCAAAGAAAAAUGUUUUAUAAAGAUUUUGUGAAAUUUUCAAAGGAAAAUAUUCAAAACUCGCCCAUUACGACGUCAUUUCCGGCAGUCACUCGGAUUUUUGGUACACGUUUUUACAUAAAAUUGCACAUUUCGAAACCGAUUUUAAUGGAGAGGUUAAGGUUUCAAGGUAAAAAAAAGACUUUUUUGCGAAUUUAUUUCUUAAAUAUGGAUUGAGUAAUUUUAUUUGAACAUUUGUACAUAAUUGAGCACACUUUUGACAAUAUUGGGUAAUUUUUUCAUGUAGAAAUAUUGAAUCAUAAGCCAUUCACAGAGCUUCCCCAGAUUGUCUUGGGGAAAAGAAAAAAAAAACGAUUUUCGGUGUUCACCAUAACUCGGCUGGAAAUUGUCCGAAAAUAAAAAAAAACAAGAAAAAUUAGUCAAAUCAUAAUCAAAUCUUCCCCCAACGUUCUCUUUUAAUUUUUUUUAGUUAAAAAUGUUUGACGGCCAUUGAAAGUGUAAACUGUUAUUUUCCAAUAAAAAUCCCAACAUUUUGUGGGUAGAAAACUCCCUUAAUGUAAAAAAAUACUCAACUUUGUGGGCGAUAUUUUGUAUGUGAAAAUGUGUAAAAAGCUUGAAUGAAUUGGUCAAGUAGUUUUGAAAUGAUAGUGAACACGGACUUUGCAAAAGUAAGUAAGAAGAACGCGUCUAAAGUUUUUGAACUAAAAAAGUGACGAAAUAAUAAUUAAAAUUCGCAAAAUAAAAGUAUUAUUUUUUACCUUGAAACCCUAACCCCUCCCUUAAAAACAUAGUUUCGAGAAAAAUGUGCUUAAAGUUUGAAGUGAUUAUACAGCUGACCUCGGACGCAUAAUUAUUCAAGACUGUAUAUCCAAAACUAUUACUGGGAUAAACUUGAGCAUUUAGGACAAUGUGCUACAGAUACUCUAGAAUUAAAAAGACAAUAAAAAAACGUUUUUUCGAAGCCGUGAAACCCAUGUAACCACUUAAAUAUUUCAUUUCGAAAUGAAACUAAAGUUACAAUAAUUGUAUUUUUUUUCUAUAAAUAAAUAGAUUUUUUUUGAUAACGAAUAAAAAGCUAUACUUUUUUAAACUAACUCAAUUAAAUAUUUUGGGCUUUUACGAAAUUAGUUUUGGAACAAAAAUUUCAAUGUUGAAGUUUCAAAAACUUUGCGCUAACUUCGCGGUAUAACAGUUCUUCCAAAGUUUAGAUACUACAAGAAAUGUUCAAACAAAUGUGCUUUAAAUUAUAUAAUCCACUUUUAAUCAUAAUAAAUGAUUCAUAUUAAAUGAGAAAGUAAAACGAUUGAUUUAAAUAAAUAAAUACUGAAACAGUAUAAACAUCAAUUAAAAUUAAUCAGUUCAAUUAAGUUUUCUCAAACAUGGACCCAUGUUCUAUGCCUAUGUAAUUAUUUUCAUAUUACUCGCUGCCAAAAAUAGAUCUUCUCGUUCAUUAUGGAGGUCAACAUUUUCCAAAAAGUUAUAAUGUUAUAUUAAAACAGUUUCUGCGAUCAAAAGCAAAAGGCUAUGGAACUUGCGAUUUUCUCAGAGAGUUUAUUGCCCUUGACCAUUACUUAUUUGAAGAAAAUUUUAUAACGAACUUCAUAUAAAAGUAUAGCUGCCUUGCAUUUUUUAAGAUUUCUUGAGUGCUCCCUUAUUUUUACGAUUUCAUGAAAUCAAAUAUUAUUUUUCACAUGAAAUCUAUGUACUAAACAGGAGCACGUUGGGGCUAAUGAUCGCUUGGAGUCUGACGCUCAUGUGCCUCCUUUGCCAAUCAACCAAGCAAUCAAACAAAAACACAUUGAAAGUAAUUAUUAAUCUAAAACUGAUUUCGAAAUAGCCCAAUCAAAGAUUAUGAUAGAUAUUGAAAGAUAAUUGUAUAUUUUUAUAUUUCAGUAGUUAUAGCUAAUAUAAUAAUAAUAAGUAUUUCUUCUUACAUUCUAAAUGCAUACAUAUUUUUAUAAAUAAAACUCUUUCAUUAUAUUUAACUAAUUAUUUUUUUAUUCCCAAAAAUUUUCUCUAUAUUUAAUAAUAAGCUUUACUCUUUUUUACGAACAACAGCGCAGAACACAAGCACAAAUAGUUUUUAAGAUAAAUGUAUAUUGAAACAAAAUCUGCAAUGUAAUUGUAUAUGGUAAAUACGCAAUAAUAUAUAUAUAUUUCAUGUGUAACGGUUAUUUAAAAGCAAUAGCCCAGCAGCAAAUGAAUUGAUUAAUUGUAAAAGUAUAGUAAAAUGAAAGAUAUAAAAAUAAAAGAAAAUUUAAUGAAAUAAA